AUGAAGGUCCUCGCUACUCUCGCCGGUGUUUCUGUUGCUAGUGCUUCCGAUCUUGGAUACUGGAAGCUAUACUGCGGUGACUCUUGCUCGGCUGGUGCUCUCAUCAGCCAAGGAGACUUUUACACUAAUGUCUCCACUGCUUGUACUUCUCUCGGCGAUACAUACGCCUACUGCUAUCUCGAGGUUCCUGAGGGCUUCACAGCUAUCUACCAUUCGUCGCUCUCGGCGGAAGCUACAUGCGGAACGCCUACAAUCCUCAACAGCGGGGACUGCGCCGGUGCUGGAAGCUGGAUUUCGUAUGAGAUGAUCUACAGCGCCUAG